GGCACAUAGCUACACAUAAAACAGAGUCGAGCGUUCAUUGCUUUCCAAGGAUGAAACCCAUUCGUGACAAAUCGCCAGCUGCAUCACCGAAGCAGAAAAAGGGACCCAAAGAGCCAAAAAAAUUCGCUCAACUUCCUCAGCCACCUGCAGACAUGUCAGCAACAACCCCUAAAACCCAGGCGUCUCCAGAUUGUUUAGAUUCCGUUGAAAAUGCAAAGAAGUUUGUGAAAACGCCACCAGAAAUCGUUCUUGGGCUGGAGACUGAAGACGGCGCCUGUGCAUUGGUAGAAAUUGAUGACAUUAUUGACGAUUCUAACCUAGCACCUGAAGAUAUCACUGGUAACGUACGAAGAAGUUCAAUAACGGAGAAAUUGAACAAAAGCAGAGAAUCAGAAGCUAAAGUUGCAGAGAUGAAGGUGGAUGCUGAACAACGACAACGGGAUUUUGAACAGCUGCUGGAUGAACAUGCAGAACUUGUCCAGAACAUCAGUCGGUCUUCCAGUUCGGAAUCUGUAAACCAACGGGAAAGGGACUGACAUACAAUUGUCUGAUUAUGUCUUUGAUUAGUUAGAUAUGUCUUCAUCAUAAAUGCUUACAUAUAUAUAAAUGCAUAUAUAUGUAUACAUACAUAUAUAUAUAUGUGUGUUCAUAUAUAUAUAUAUAUAUUUAUAUAUAUAUAUAUAUGGGAAUAU